AUGUUGCAGCACCCUGGUCCAGUGGAAGGUGUUCAGUCCACCCGAUCAGUUCUGGACUGGAAGCGAUGGCCCUCAAGUCCACCAUUGACCUCACCUGCAAUAAAAACAUCUCCAGCUUUGAUUGUACUAACAAUUGGUGAUGUAUGUUGCAGCACCCUGGUCCAGUGGAAGGUGUUCAGGCAAGCACUGAACGAAGUCCACCCGAUCAGUUCUGGACUGGAAGCGAUGGCCCUCAAGUCCACCAUUGACCUCACCUGCAAUGACUACAUCUCCAACUUUGAGUUUGAUGUUUUUACAAGAUUGUUCCAACCGUGGACGUCGCUGCUCCGUAACUGGCAGAUCCUGGCCGUCACUCAUCCUGGCUACGUGGCCUUCCUCACCUACGAUGAGGUCAAGGCCAGGCUGCAAAAGUACAUCAACAAGCCAGGGAGCUAUGUGUUCCGGCUGAGUUGCACUCGUCUUGGUCAGUGGGCCAUCGGAUACGUCACCGGGGACGGAGACAUCCUCCAGACCAUCCCGCAGAAUAAGUCGCUCUGUCAGGCACUCCUGGAUGGCUACAGGGAGGGAUUCUACUUGUUCCCUGAUGGCCGCAACGUGAACCCUGACUUGUCGUGGGCAGUUCAGCCAACUCCGGAGGACCACAUCAAAGUAACACAGGAGCAGUACGAGCUCUACUGCGAGAUGGGCUCAACGUUCCAGCUGUGCAAGAUCUGUGCAGAGAACGACAAGGACAUAAGGAUAGAACCGUGCGGACACCUGCUGUGUACACCAUGUCUCACGUCGUGGCAGGUAGACUCGGAGGGCCAGGGCUGUCCGUUCUGCCGGGCGGAAAUCAAGGGAACGGAGCAGAUCGUGGUGGACCCGUUCGACCCGAAGCGACAGCACAAGGCGGGGGCCCUCGUGGACAUGGACGACGACGAGGAGGAUCUGAACAACUGGAGUUGCAACAACAGCUGUUUGCAAGCUCUUGCUUUGUCACCCCGUUGUGAAACAGCUGACAGCAGGGGGGGAAGAAGUCCAAUGAUAUCGCCAGGGACGUCUCCACAACUCCUACGGAGAGGGACGGCGCCACCUCCACCUCUGCCACCUCGUAGAGCUUCCCCUAUUCUGGGCAAUUCUGCCAACUCUCUCAGUUGUAACCAGUUAACAGUUCCUAAUGAAGAAGCUCCGCCUCCACCUCGCAAUUCUCCAUCACCAGCGGAGCAUGUCUCGGGUCCAGAACCGCCAGAGCCUCCGCCAUCUGCCCCACCUCCACCUUCCACCACCCCCAUUGCCAAUGGGCUACCCGAGUCGAGAUACGAUAUGUUGCAGCCCAAUCGUAACCACCUGCGCCACCAGUCGUGUCCCACUAUCCCCACCACCAGUGCCACCACUAUGACUACCCUCCCCUCUAAGUCCAGCACUACACACCAGUUCCCCACUGACCUCCCCUCUGCCCCUCCACUCCCCAGUGACACUAUCCAUUACGCUGAACUCGCCAACAUCUCCGAGGAGCCAAGUUACGAGAACACAAUCAUCCUGCCAGGGAACAUCACUGUCAUCAAACCGAUCUAUAGUUCAACGACAGCGGUAGAGAUGCCGACCGUCACGCCGCACAUUAAGACAGUCCCUCCAGAAACCAGGCUGAGCCUGGAACUGACUACUAGUGUUCACCCAAGCCCCUCCCGAGCAUCUUCGGUGGACUCACAAUGUUCCUCGACCAGCAGUCACAGCCAUGCUCCCUCCCAGCAUUCUCCUGUUCCCGCUUACGAAAACCUCAACAUGGACCACAUUGCCAAACUCACAUCACAAGGUUACUCUCAAGAAGCAGUUAUCCGAGCCCUAGGAAUCACUCGGAACGACUUGGACAUGGCUUGGGACAUCCUAAACGAAUUCGCCACCAAACAGACAUGAUAAGAGCUUUUUUAUAAGACCAGUUAUCACAGGGUUACAUAAGUUUUGCUUUGUACUGAUAGUGGCUUGUACAUACAUCGCAUGUCUUACUUCAGUUAGGGUGAAACUCUACGACCAAGCAAGUAAUUUAAAUAUUUAUUUAUUAAUAAUUUUUUAUAGUUUAAUAUUUAACUCCUUACUAUGCAAACUAUGUCAUAUUUUUCUACACGUUCUAGUCGUAUUCUUAACUUAUUUAUUUUCAAUAAAUGUUACCUCGUUAUAUUUUUGUACAAAAUCUCCUAUCAUCGUAUUGUAUAAUAGGGCUACGAAUGUACAAAUGAAAAUUGGUUAUCGACGAAGUUGUUAUUUAAUUGCCAUUAGAAAGUAGUUGAACACAUCUACAAUCAUUGUUGUUAUUUAUGUUUACAUUUUAAUAAUUACGUAAAUCGACAAAAGCGCCUGCCACUUACUUGUUGAGUCCACUACUUUUGUAUUUGCACUUAGUAGGUAAUUCUAGUAAGUCUACCGAUAUAGGCUAAGUAGGUUAAAAUAUUCCUGCACUGAUAAAAAAUCUCAUUGUAGUCUUUGGAUCGUAAUCGUUAACAAGAUUGCACAUGUACCUUUUAUUAUUUUUUAACAUUAAGUAACCUUGGGUUGGUAGCGGCCAAGUAUCAUAAGAUAGUUUCAAGAGAUUAUCUUAUGGUACGGCCAUUGUAAGUGAUGCCUACCUUGUAAACGUAUGACUGAAAUAUUAAAUUUAAUCGUCUAUUUUUCACAAAGUAGAAUGUUAAAUGUGAUUUAAAGAAUCCUAAUAACUAUCCAUUUGUGUAUAAAAUAUAAUUUGAGAAAUAAUUUAACAUUAUUUUAAUUGUCUUUAUAUUAGUCUUAAUUUAAUAUUUGCAUUGGACUUGAUAAAUUUAAUCUUAUUCAUGGUGUAUUAGAACUGUCAUACUAUUUAAUUUUUUUUUAACUUACUCAAUGUAACACCAAUUUAUGUGAUAAUUCUUGUAUAAAAAUCAUUUUAUUUUAGCUUUACAGUUAACAUUUAGUGAAAUUCUCUUGUAAGUAUAUCAGUGAAAUCUGAUAAACUUUGAAAUUGCUGGAUCUGGAUGGAAGGCUACAUUCUCAAUUACAUACUUAGACUGCAGAAAGAAGCAAUAUGAAUUGAAGCAUACUUAAAAAUAACGAUUCAAAUCAGAUAUUUGAAAUUUUUAAAUAUCACUUAAUUAUUAAAAACAUUUUCUAUCACUAAUCAUAAAAGUAAAAUUUAUAAUUCUUGUGUUUGUAUACUGAUUUUAUUUUUAACCAAGAGAAUUAAUUAUACAUUUUAAUACACUUUUUUUAAAGACAACUAUUAGGAAUAAAACACUAAUGAGUUUGUUUCAUUGCUAUUUUGUUACCAGUCACAUUUAUAAAGGAGAAUUAAACAUUUGUACAGAAAAUUUUAUUAUGAUUUCAAUAAACUGUUCAAACAGAAAAGAGCUCCAAAUCUAUUUAACUCAACUAGUCAUACCUGUUAUUCAAAUUCUUUAUUGACACACCUUCAAAAAAAUUAACAGUGUCAAUUGCAUACAUGUUAUAUAACACUUCUUAUUCACAGUGUGACUCAGAAAGGGAGAUCUUGAGAUGAUCACCCCUCAAGUUGCUCUUACCUCCUUGUCACUUGAUUUCAAUUUAAAACAGCAAGUAAAUCAUAGGGACUUGAUUUAUUUAUGAAUUAUUUUGUUGUUUAUUGUUUCAAUUUUACUAUAAGGUCUGAUAAUAUAUGUUCAUCUCUCUGUUGCUGACAAUCCUGCUUAAAAGACAAGUAUAAAAAAAAAAGAUCAACUAUCAAAAUCUGUAGAACUUUUUAAAGAUCGAUACGAGUAUUAAGAGAGAAUCAGCUGCCGAUUUGAGACUCUGCUUUUAACAUUGGGAUAAAGUUUAAAACUGUGUUAUAAGCAGGAACUUGCCUCAAAAUUGACAAAUGCUUCACUGCAGAAACGGAGGUUCUACUGUCUAAAUGCCAAUGAAUUAGUACGAUUAUCUUUUAAUAAUAAUGGUUUAUAAUUAGUAUCCAAUGUAGGGUUUCUUAUGCGAAAAUCUAUAAUAAAACAUUUAUGGGUUAGUAACGAGUUCCUAUUUAUAACACAGCGAUAACCCCAUGACGCCCACCUUUAACCCCAUGAUAAAAGCAGAGCCUCAGAUGCAUGGUUGGCAGCUAAGUAGCGUUCUCUCUUAAAAAUACACCAAUAGAACCUUCACUUAGUAGUUAUAAUCUCAUUACUUUCAAAAUUUUCAUCCCAUUUUACUUUAUAAAAUAUCAUUUGCAGUGAUGUAAAUGUUCAGUUACUUAGUUCCUUUUGGUAAUACAGUAACUAGAGUGUUGUUAUUUCUAGUUUUUCCCUUGUUUUAAAACAUAUUUUUUAAGUUAUCCUUUCUUAACAAAAAUUUGAGCAACAAUAACUGUAUUACCUCUUCUGUGAACAGAACCACUAAAUGAAAUAUACUAUCUCGUAAGGGUUGUAAAUUUUUGCUAGAAUCUAAAAUUAAAUGUACUAAUUAAAUUCAUUUGUUGUUGUUUUAAUUUUAGAGAGUUAGUGAUCAUGAUUCAAAUAUUUUAUUAGAAAUUUAACUUUGAUCAAGUUCCCCUGUUAAAAUGAAAAGUGCAUGACAAAGCUAGGAAACUUUCCAAUUAGAUUAAGAUUUUUCUAAAAAUAUUUGCUAAUAAAAUACUUAAAAAUAAAAAUUUGGAUUUUUAGCAAUACAGGUACACAAUAAUAUAUAAAUCAAUUAUGUAUAAUAUAUUGUAUUCAAAUUAAAACAUAAUUUCAAAAAUUAGAUAUCAAAUCAUAGAUUUUCCCGAUUUUAAGCGCGAGAUUAAAACUCAAUUUUUCUUAUAUUAUCCCUGAAAUGAUAAUUUGAUUUGGGUGAAUCUUACAUCCAUCAUGUCCUUAGACCUAUCAAGUAAUUUACUAACAAAUUAAAAAUUAGUCUUAUUUUCUGAUUAGUUAUUGAAGUCAGGUACGACAAUGACUUUGUGAAAACAUUAACUAAUUAAUACUGUAGUAUAUUGUUUUUGCAUAAGCAUUGCCAUUAAAUUAUGGUCGAGAAUCUCCUUUUGGUCAACAUUUGUUCUAAACCUAUGACAUUACAAAAAUAGAUCUUUAAUAAUAAUAAUAUCUAAUACUAAUUGUCGCAAAAUGACUUCUUAAUAUUAAAAAUUCAAUCUUAUUUUUGAUUUUUUAAAUGUUACAGUAUGCCAACCAUCGUAUAUAUUUACAUAUUAUUGAAUUGCUUUCACAAUGAUUAUAAUAUUGAAUCAUUUCAAAUUUCUUUUAAUUAUUAGCUCACAGUAUUUUACUCACAAAUAGUAAUUUGAAAAAUGUUAUGAAUAUGAAGCAAUAGCUUUGAAAGAACUAAACAGCAUUUCUUCGAUUUCAAUAAUAGUAUUUAUUUGAUUAUUUUAUAUCUAUACAAGUGUGUGGUAUGUUUACAAGUUUCAAACUGAAGCAGUGCUGGUCUAGCUUAAUUCCAUUAUGUUUAUACCUCUAUUUAUUUUAUUUAUUAACCACUUUAAGCUUAUAAAAUGUCUUAAAAUACUCUAUAUUUAGGUUACAAGAUGCUGGAUUUUUAUCGUUUAUCUACUGGUAUAAAAUUUAAUUACAUAUUAGUAACGGUAACUUUUGUCACUUAUAUAAGUUGUUAUAUUAUUAACCUAUUUUACAGACAUAACUUUAUAUUAACGGCUUCAAUGCAAAUUUGUGUCAUUCAAUAAUUUAUUUACUUUGUGCAAUAUUUAUGUCCUUUAUAGCUAUUCAAUGUAUUGUUGUUAUAACUUACUCGUUAUUAAUAUUUUAUGUAUAACAAUUAUUUUUUAAUUAUUAUAUUCUUAAAAUCCAGUCUUUACACACUUACGUUUCAAAAAGUAAUACAAUAGAUGUAAGUCAAAGAUUGUUUUAUUUAAGUGGUUUGUAAUUGAUUCUUUACAAAUACCUCAACUUUGUAAAUAAAUGUUAAAAUAAAUUGAA